AUGCGGGUCCGACAACUACAGAAGUAUCUGCUGGAACAAAAGUGCGUACGAGUGGGAAACCUAUCAGUUUGCAAAGGAAUGAGAAUAGGACUCGACGCGGUAUACUUUUUCAAGUCGAUCAAGUCGCUCAACGACCCGCUCAGCGACGUGUACUCGUCCCUGAGCGGCUCGUUCGUAGCAACACUGGACGAGCAUCUGAAGCUGCUCGAAUCGCUGGAUCUGCAGCCGCUCUUCGUGUUCCAGGGAAUGCAGCCAAAGUCGCCCUUUCCAUCGCCAAUGCUAAUGUCGCAAAUGGCGACGCAGACGGGGUUGAACGACGCAUGGGCAGCGUACCUGAAGGGAGACGAGGCAGUGGCGCUCACGAAGUUCGCACAGUUCUCGCAGUUCUCACACCUGUACAACGCACAUAACCUGCCGGAGGACACAGUGCAGUUCCUGAUGUCGUACCUGAAGUCGAAAGGGCACGAAAUGAUAAGAGCGCCGUACCUGGCGGCAAGUCAGCUGAUGUACUUCAUGCAGGAAAACCUGAUUGAUGCAGUGGUGGGCCCAGCGUCGACGCUGCUCUUCGGAGUGCCGAGAGUGAUUCUAAACCUGAACCUGCACAACGCAACCUUCGAGUGGGUGGAGCUGGAGGAAGUGCUGUCGCUCUGGGGACUGGACAGAGAGCAGUUCGUGGACUGUUGCCUCCUGGCGGGCACGGAGCACUGCCUGAGCUACCCGCACUUCGCACAGCAGUUCUCAUUCGCAAACGCAAUCGAGUACGCGAAGCAGGCGCCGCUGGUGAAGUACCUGUACCAGCUGCGGGAGAUAGAGAAGAUCAACGAGUACGUGGACGGAUACUGCAUAGCGAAGUCGAUGAUCAACUACCCGCUGGUGAUGACGCUCUCAGGAGACGUGCUGACAGACCUGUCGAACCCGGCGCUGGCGAACGCGAAGCUGCCCUCGGACUACCACAAAAUCGUGGGCUGCAGGCUCCCGAAGAGCGUCUACUACCUGAUGUCGGAGGGGCUGCUGUCGCUGCAGCUGCCCUUCGCACUGGCGCUGGGCGAGUGGGUAGACGAGCCGACGCAGAACGUGGACUCGCUGGAGUACAGAGACCUGCUCUCGGACCUGCGCGAGUACCAGUGCAGAGCGCUGGGCCUGCUGGUGCUAAAGCUGGACGACCACUUCAAGACGAAACAGAUCAGGUACCCGCGCUACAUAUCGCUGAUGAAGACGGCAUACCCGGUGAAGCAGCAGGCGAAGCUGCUCAUCCCGAACACGUGCCAGGUGAGGAGCUGGGUGCUCAACUCGGAGAGAGUGGACCGAGAGAUGAAGAGGCAGGGAGUCUCGCAGGUGUCCCUCGAGUUCUGCCUGAACUGGCACACGCACGAGGGGCCGCAGCUGCUGGCGCCAGCGACGACGAACGGAGCGCACGCAACCACGUCGAGCGCGAACGAGUUCAUGGUGCUUAACACGGCGCUGCACUUCAUGCUCCUGGAAAACCUGGGCUACUUCACGAGUGAGUUCGGAGGCACGGCGUUCGGAAAGGUGCUCUCGACGUCAGGGCUUAACCUGAACGGGCUGCUGCUGCUGGAGCUGAUGAAGUUCGGACUCUUCACAGGAGAGUCCUUUGAGCCGCCGCCGGACUGCACGUACCCGCCAGAGCUGCACCCGAAGACGGAAGAAGCGAAGAGAGCAUUCAUCACGGCGAACCUGGCGGCGCGAGUGGCGACGCUGUGCCCGGUGAGGCUGGACAGGAGGCCCUGGAUGGGAAGAAUAGAUUUUGACGUGGCCUCCUUUAACCUCGUGGUCAAGUUCCUGAGAAGGUCAAUCAACUACCUGACCGAGGCGAGUCUGGCGUACAUGCUGCUGAGCGACAACAGGUUCAUGGGACUGGCGGAAGGGGCAGCUGAGGGAAGUAAUCUGACGGGGCUCCCGCUCUUUUACAACUACUCCUCAUUCCUGGGAGUCGUCGUUAAGUGCGUGCUUCUGGACAUAGAGACGACGAUGGAAGGACUCGGCAGAGCCUUCCCGAACUGCGUGAGCCUGAAGGAGGACCUGGGCGCCUUCGUGCUCUUCUGGGCGAAGGUGCACGGCCUGCUACACAACCUGUCGAAGCUGAUUCAGCUGGGCGAGAUACUGGACUCGUUUGACAGCGCGACUAACCUGGUCAGGAGCAAGUUCGAGAGGCUGGGCCUGGACGUGUCGAGCCUGGCAUUAUAA